AUGCUCAUUACCAGUGCUUUCUUGUUAGUAGCUGGAGCCAGUCAGGCUUAUGCAGCCACUUAUGUUGCUCAAGUCUCCCCUACAUUCCCUAAUAUUGCUACUCCUACUGAUGUAGUCACAUCUUACAAUUACGGUCCUUAUGAAACUUCUUCUACAUUAUCCUCUGAAGAACUCUCUGGAUUCCCUGCAUCUGGUCAAACACCUUCUACUUCUUCUGCUGAAGUUGUAGCCGCUUAUGACUCAAUUGAUUGGACUAAAGUCCCUAGUGCCCCGGUACGAAAGCAAGAUUCAAACGGUAACUGGAUCUUUUCUGGUAACAGCGGUGAUCCUUACUGUUGGUGGAGUGACACCAACUGUGUUAAGCCCAAGGUGUCUUACUUGCCUCCUGAUAUCUACAAUUGCCCUAAAAAAGGUGAUUGGGGCCUUACGUAUGAUGAUGGACCCUUUAUCAAAGUCUCGGGUCAAACCUAUGAGAAUUCGUACGCUGAACCUCGUCUCUAUAAUUUUUUGGCAGAAACGAACCAAAAAGCCACUUUGUUUUACAUUGGCUCCAAUGUCGCUGCUUAUCCUGCUGCUGCAAAGAGAGCAUUAAACAAUGGUCACCAACUUUGUGUCCACACAUGGUCUCACCAACCAAUGACAACCCUCACCAACAAGCAAGUGGUUGCUGAACUCUAUUGGGGUCUUAAGGCCAUCAAGGCUGCUACUGGUGUUACUCCUAAAUGCUGGAGACCUCCUCAAGGUGAUGUGGAUGAUCGUGUGCGUGCUAUUGCUUAUCAACUUGGUAUGCGUACUAUCUUAUGGAACGAAGAUACCAAUGAUUGGGACAUUGGAGAAGGUACGUCUGCCAAAACAGUAGACAAGUACUUCCAAACCUGGAUCAAUGAUUAUAAGGCUGGUAAAGACACCACAGGUCUUGUUGUGCUUGAGCAUGAACUCAGCAGCAAGACGGUCAAUAUGUCCAUGUUCUGGAUGCCUAAGCUUCAAGAGACUUUCAAUGUUAUUCCUGCCUUGGCUUGUAAUGAUAUCACUCAACCUUAUUGGGAAACUGAUUUUGUCUAUCCUACGACAAACAUUCGUCCUACUGCUACAAAAACAACAACAACAAGUGUUGCUACUACUAAGACAACAAGCACUGCUACUGCCACUACCACUUGUAUCUCUGGAUCGUCUGGUAAAAAGAACGGUGAUGGCUAUAAUGGUUAUUGUUGUACUAGUAGUGAUGACUGCUUGGAUACCUGCGUUAAAGGCAAAUGCAAUGGUCCUACAAAUACCAAGAUCACUACCUCUUCCACGACGACCAAAAAGGCUACUACUACUACUACUACUACUACUACUACUACUACUACCAAGAAGACUACCACAACCACUACCAGUGGCGCUUCUUCAUGUACCCCUGGUGUCUCUGGCAAAAAGAAUGGUACUGGAAAAACAGGAUACUGUUGUACAUCUUCAGAUGAUUGUCUAGAAACUUGCAGGAGUGGCAAAUGUGGCCUUUAA